AUGUCGAGUCCUUUAUCAUUCUCCACGUUCCUUCCACUUGCCUCGCCAUUUCCUACCCUUCUCGCAUUCCAAGUACCAACUCCAGCUCCAAAAAAACCGCGGAUAUCCGGAACUCCAAAUGCAGAGAUCUUGAUGUCAAGCCCAGAACCGCAGCAGCAGUCUAGAUCGCAAGACGAUAUGUCAGCUUUCGCCUUCCAGCCCUACUCAGAGGCGUCACAAUUAGCAAUGUAUUCUUCACCACCACCGAUGUACAAACCAUCCACUCUCAGUAUCCAGCAAUCACCUCUGGGGUCGCACCCACCACCCGAGCUUCCGGCACCACCUCCCUCGUACAAACGUUCACCCUCACCAUCUCCAUCACUUAACUCCCAGCCCUCCCUUCACGAGCUCCCAAAAUACACACCACGGGCAGCCUCAAUAUCCACAACAGCUUCCAAUCCGAAACCAAAAUCUAAUCCAAAUUUAAACUCCUGGGCGGCGUGGAACCCGUGGAACUGGACAUCUGUAUCCGCAUCCGAGAGGAGCCAGUGUACAUCUGGAGGAAAUGGUGGUAGGAGACGAGACCCCAUGGCUGGUCAAGCUGGUGUAGAGCUGGAUGCUUGUGAGCAGUAUGAGGUCGAUCAAAGGAGGUUGAGGGAACGGCAAAGAAGAGAAGACGAGAGUGAUUUUUGCUGUGGGUGCUUCUGGGCUGGACCGCCUUUACCGACGGGUUCGUAUUAUAUCUUUUAG